GCGUCAGGAACACGUGAGUUCAGCAACAGCAAAGGAGAACGGCUACUGAGAGAAUCAGUUAAAACGCAUCGCAGAUUUAUACCCAACGUUAUAUAUCUUCUCUAACAUGGGAAGAAAAAAUAGAAACAGACAAAGACCUCUGCAGUAUAGAGAUGGAAGACCGGAGGGCAAAAGAAGCAGAGAUGACGCUGGUUGGGGAGCAGGAUACUCUGAGAUCAUCAAGGAAAACAAACUCUUUGAGCAUUAUUACCAGGAGUUGAAGAUCGUCCCAGAGGGAGAGUUUGAGGACUUUAUGGGGGCCAUGAGGGAGCCACUGCCAGCUACAAUACGGAUCACAGGAUACAAGAGUCAUGCCAAAGAGAUCCUUCAUACUUUAAAAGAGAAAUACUUCAAGGAUGUACAAGACCUUGAGGUAGAUGGACAGAAGAUUGAGGCCCCACAACCCCUGAGUUGGUAUCCUGAUGAGCUGGCAUGGCACACCAAUCUGAGCAGAAAGAUUCUGCGAAAAUCUCCACUGCUGGAGAAAUUCCACCAGUUCUUGGUCAGCGAAACGGAAUCGGGAAACAUCAGCAGACAGGAAGCUGUCAGCAUGAUUCCUCCUCUUCUGCUCAAAAUUGAGCCUCACCAUAAGAUUCUGGACAUGUGUGCUGCUCCAGGAUCAAAGACGGCUCAACUAAUUGAGAUGCUUCACUCAGACAUGGAUAUACCUUUCCCUGAGGGUUUUGUAAUUGCCAAUGAUGUGGACAACAAGCGAUGUUACCUGCUGGUGCAUCAGGCCAAGAGAUUGAACAGUCCGUGUAUUAUGGUGGUCAACCAUGAUGCCUCCAACAUUCCACGUCUGCAGUUUGAUAAUGAAGGGAAGAAGGAUGUCCUUUUUUAUGACAGGAUUCUGUGCGACGUGCCCUGCAGUGGCGAUGGAACAUUGAGGAAAAAUAUUGAUGUGUGGAAAAAAUGGACAACCAGCAACAGCCUGCAGCUCCAUGGGCUGCAGAUAAGGAUUGCUGUGCGUGGAGUUGAACAGCUGGCAGUAGGGGGCAGGAUUGUGUACUCCACCUGUUCUCUGAAUCCCAUUGAGGAUGAAGCUGUCAUUGCCGCCCUGCUGGAGAAGAGUGAAGGUGCCUUGGAGCUAGCAGAAGCCUCUACAGAUCUCCCCGGUCUGAAAUAUAUGCCUGGGAUCACAUCUUGGAAAGUAAUGACUAAAGAAGGUCGGUGGUACUCAGACUGGUCAGAGGUGCCAACAAGUCGACACACACAGAUCAGACCCACCAUGUUUCCCCCAACAGACCCAGAAAAGUUAGCAAAUAUGAGGCUGGAGAGAUGUAUGAGAAUACUGCCCCAUCACCAGAACACAGGCGGGUUCUUUGUGGCUGUGUUGGUAAAGAAGGCGCCCAUGCCGUGGAAUCGCCGUUACCCAAAGCUUCGUAAUAAGGAGGCAAACUCUUCGAGUGAAGUGGUCCCAGCAGAGGAGCUGCAGAUGGGGGAGUGUUCCGCUGAGGUCACCUCUGUAGAUGGCUCCCCCACUGAUGCCCCGGUGGAAACAAUGGAGGGCAAAGCUUCUGCAGAGGGAAACCCAUCUGUCCCAGAUACCCCAAACCUCCCAGAGGCCAAGAAAGAGAAUGUUUGUGGCCCUCCUCCUCCAAAGAAGAUGAAACUUUUUGGCUUUAAAGAGGAUCCUUUUGUGUUUCUGACGGAAGACGACCCCAUCUUUCAUCCCAUCCAGGCUUUCUACGAUCUCUCCCCCGAUUUCCCCAAGCUUAAUGUGUUGACACGAACCCAUGAAGGCAAGAAGAGGCACCUGUACAUGGUGUCCAAAGAACUCCGCAACGUUCUGCUCAACAACAGUGAGAGGAUGAAGGUUAUAAAUACAGGGGUGAAGGUGUGGUCCAGGAAUACAGAUGGUGAACAGUUUGGUUGUGCUUUCAGGCUAGCCCAAGAGGGUAUUUACACACUCUGCCCCUACAUCAGAGCUCGAAUAAUCAACAUCAGCGUGGAGGACGUGAAAGUUCUCCUCACACAGGAGAACCCUUUCCUCAGCAAGCUGGGAGAUAUUGCUCACAAUCAGGCUAAGAAACUUGAAAUGGGCAGCAUUGUUUUAAGAUACCUACCAGAUCCAAAGGAUCCUGAUUCUCCUCAGUGCCCUAUAGAUUUGUGUGGCUGGAGGGGAAAAACUUCCAUUAGGGCUUUCGUAACACGUAACGAGUGCCUUCAUUACCUCCGCAUGGUGGGGGUGGAAGUGUUCCGUGACAAACAGGGCAAGAGGGACGACAGUCCAGCAGAACCCCAGGAAGGAAAAACUGAAGAUGCUGAUACUGAGGUUCUGUGCCAAGAGGGAGAUCUGCCAGAACGGGACGGCACAGAAACGGCACAAAACAGUUCAGAGUCCAAGACUAAUGGCACAGAACCUGGUGGGAGCACUUGAGAAGGGCCUGUGAGUUAAAGUUUUAGCGCAAGUGGACAUUUUGGGUCAGGUGUAAAUGAUGGAGAAAGAAAGGCAAUCCAAUGAAAUGGAAAGAUUCCAGACCUUUGACCCUGCUCUCAGAAUGCUCACUGGCCCAUGAGUACAUUGAUGGCUAGCUUCUAAAGAAAUGUCAGAUUUGGAAACAAGAUGGCAAAUUUUAUUUUAUGAGAGCUUUUUUAAAAAUAUUUUGAUUAAACAAUUUUCUGUUGGACAUGUUUUUAUUUCAUUUUAGUAACUCUUUGUUCAUAUAAAGAACCUGUUCAGGGGACAAAUUUAAAGAAAACCAUUAAAAUAACUUGUAUUAGGUCAUUUUUUCAGUCAUUUUUCAAGUCUCACGGUAGUAAGCCAUGUCUACAGUAGACUGCCCAGCAGCUUAUUCUCACAGUGCGUUUCACUUUCUCAGACACUUGUAAGCAUUGUACUGUACGUUAUGUCAAUUUAUUGAUUGAAAUAAAAUGUCUUUGUUGAU